ACAAUCAAAUCUGGCGGGAAAACACACAAACAGGAAGUGAAGUGAUCUGAAACGAGAGGAGAGUGAGGUGCGGUAAAGUGCCGGAUGGCUGCUCUCCUGGAGGCGCAUUCUCUGCAGCGCUUAGGCGGUCACAAGACUUGGACAUCGAAGAAUUUGCUGAAGACAAGUGUGUCCACUCUCCAGGACAUAAGCAUCUUUAACUCCUAAACUAAUAGUGAAGUCAUGCAGGUGGAGAGGAAAUGGCACAUUCUGUUGACUAUCUUCUUUCUGCUCAUCACCUCUGGCCAGUGUAUGGACAGCAAGGAUGUCAAGCAGAGAGAAAGAAGGACCCUGUUGGAUCUAAUCUUACAGGUUAUCAGAGACAGCCAGCAACGGGACAAAGCCGUGUCCAGGCGCUGCACCAGUGGACUCUUCUCCUCAGCCCAAGACAUGAAGUUCUCCUCCCGUGAAAAGCCUUUCUAUGUUCCUAGGCUGGAUAACAGUAGACUCAUAGAAAUUUUUCCUAGAGAUGUAAACAUGAAAGGCAAAUUCAUUCAGCAUUUCACAGCAGGACCAGUCAAGUUCUCGUCGGAGUGCAGAACACACUUUCAUAGACUUUAUCACAACACAAGGGAUUGCUCAAGACCAGCAUAUUACAAAAGAUGUGCAAGAUUGCUAACACGAUUAGCACUGAGUCCACUCUGCAUGCAAUCGUAGAUAUUGCAUGUCCCAAAAUAUUGGAAGAGGGGUCAAUGUGUUGCCAAGGAAGUGCCUUCAAAUCCACAGCAGUCAUAUGAACAUUGUUGUGUUUAUAGCGUUUCUAUUUUUGUUGUUCUUGUUGUCAUUAUUGAAAAAUGCUGAUGGACAUUGUUGGUUUUUGAAUGGAUGUGCUUUUUAUUUGAAAUGUACCUGUGAGAAACAUUAAUUUAAUAUUAAAUACACCUAUUUAUUGAAAGGGUAUGUAUAUAAUAAUGUCACAAUCAUUCGAAAUCUGAUUAUUUUGGUUAUAAAAGUCAUAUCUGAUGGAGAGGAAGCUUUUCUUUUUCUUUUUUUUCUCCUUUAUAUAUGAAUUCCUUUUCCACUAUUAUGCUGAUAUUAUAUUCUGAAACUGGUUUGAAAGAUUUGUCAUGCUCCUUCGUUGUCUUCAUUACAUUUUAUUUGGCACUUGAGUGAUUGCUGACAGUGAGAACAUAUGGAAUGACAACAGUGGUGAUUAUGCACUGCAGUAUUGAACAAUAAAGAAUAUUGAAGCACA